AUGGGCAAGUUACUCGUUCUUUCUGACGCACACGUGCGAACGAUUCUACUAUCCCUGAGCAAGGAGACGGUACAGCGGAUAGCUACCGGCCUGAGCAAGUCUUUGAAGGAUUAUUCCUCGGGUGAUACCACAAGCGCCGGCGCGGCAGCACAACAAGCAUCCCGAACGGUACGCACUCGGCCUGAUGGCGUCGUGAACCUCUUCAUGCCGGCUAUGUCCAGCACGGCCAUGGCAAGCAAGCUUCUUGGCGUCCCGUCUCCUAGUGCGCCCUCGCCAGGCUCUCCACAGAGAACCGCGCCCCGAGGCGCCAUGCUCGUUCUCCGUCCGGAUGGCGAUCCUAUGGCUGUCCUCGGUGCGGAGGAGCUGACGGCUUUCCGGACUGCCAUGGGAGCGUUGCUGUUGUUUCCCCGCCGAAAGCAUGUCCAGAAUAUUCUGGUAUUCGGCGCUGGCAAACAAGCCAUCUGGCAUAUUCGCAUCGCAUUGAUGCUACGCGGGUCUGAUGUCCGUUCUAUCACUGUCGUCAAUCGAUCUCCCGCCCGCACGGCAGCAAUGCUGGCGGAGCUGCAAAAUGAUGACCAGGCAAAGUGGUCAGUCCACGAGUCUCUCGAAAUCAAAGCCGGGCUUGAGGGUUUGGAGCCUGGUAGCCCGGCUCAUGGUGCCAAGAUGGAGGAAUUGGUGGAGGCUGCCGAUGUUAUAUUCUGCACAACACCCUCAACUGCGCCUCUUUUUGAUGCUGAAUUAUUGACGAAAUCCGGCAAGGGGCGCUACAUAACAGCAAUUGGUUCUUACAAACCCCACAUGAAGGAGCUAGAUCCCGAGUUGAUGAAGUUUGCCACCACGGGCGGCAAGUUGGUCUUUGUAGACAGCCGAGAGGGCGCACUAGAGGAAUCAGGCGAGAUAAUUGACGCUGGAAUUGGUGGUGAUCAGCUCAUUGAGCUUGGUGAGCUUUUUGGGGGUCAGAUUAUCACCAGUGACGAUGGCUCCCUGGAAUCCUGGCUGGAAGAAGGUUUUCUCUUGUACAAGGGUGUAGGUUCAGGCGUUAUGGAUGUUUCGGUUGCUGAAAUGUUGGUGUUACUAGCACAUGAGACAGCAUCCGGAGUCUUGGUCGACGGCUUUUGA